AUGCACAGCUCCAAUCUUCGAAACCUAUCUCAUCUUCGGGAUCCAGAAGAAUAUACAUUGAUAACGAAACACAAAUGGGCCGCCCACAUAAUAAGAAGAGCAGAUGACGGAUGGCCGAAAAGAACAGUGAAGUGCAUUCCAAGAGAACGCAAACGUCGUUUUGGACGGCCACCUAAACGAUGGACGGAUGUGUUCGUAGCUAACGGCACGUACUCACUGAUGGGCACGAUUUCAGGACUACGGAAUGGGCAUCGCGAAUGUCACCAUAUUCGAAGCAGACCACCACCAUGGAUGAUAAUGGUGCGAUAG